AUGGAGCAAGUCAUGACGCGCCGUCCACCCAAGUUCAUCCCAGACUACCUCACCCCGAUGCCCUCGCACCUGCUAGCAACCCUCCUCACCGACCUCACAACCGGCACCGCGCCGCGGCCGCGGCCGUCGUCGCCCGCGGUGCAAACCCCGCCGCCGCCACUACCGCAGGGCCACCACCUCGUCUACUUCCCCAUCCAGACGCCGCCGUCGGGCCUCGCAGCCGACGGCGCCGACGGCGACCACGAGCCGCCGCCGCAGGGGGGGCUGCGCCGCCGCCGGCUGUGGGCCGGCGGCGAGCUCGUCUUCCGCGACGGGUGGCGUCAGGGGUUGCGGCUGGAUGGGCGCCCGUGGGCGUGUAGCGAGGCGCUCGAAAGGGUGCGCCGGGUGCCCGCUGGACAGGGGGAUAAGGUCUUUGUCGAUGUGUGGCGACGCUAUGGGCUGGGCCAUGAGAGGGAGCGCGAGGGGUGGGAUGUUGAGGAGAGGCGGACGCUGGUGUUUAUGCCCAUUCCGGACCUCAAGCCUGCUGCCUCCUGCUCCUCCUCCUCUCCUUCAAAGACAUGCGAGUCCCAGCCUCCUCCGACUCGGCGGUUUGUCAAAUACCCGCACCCGCCCAGCCUCAGCGUCCCCAUCCGACCCCCGACCCCAGCCCACCUCUUCCACUUCUCAGCCCUGACCCUCAACGCCCACGCCAUCCACCUCGACCCGCGCUACGCCGCCGCCACCGACGGCCACCGCGCCCUCCUCGUCCACGGGCCUCUCGCCCUCGCCCUCAUGCUGCGCGUCCUCGCCGCCGCCUGCAGCGACAGCAGCGACCAUGGCCGCGCCGAGGGCAUCGUCCGCCGCCUGACGUACCGCAACUACGCCCCGCUCUACGUCGGCGAGCCCAUGACCGUCUGCGCGAGGAGGCUUGCCGCCCCGUGCAUGUGGGAUGUUUGGGUCGAGGGGCCUGGCGGUGCUUUGGCCGUCAAGGGCACGGCUGAGGUCGAGGCCGAGUGA